AAUAAUGCCUGUGAAUGCAUAUCAGGCACGGGGCACAGCCUCACACACAGUGGGCCACUGUAACCAAAGCUGUCAUGAAACUCUCAGAUAGUACUGUUGUGAGUAGAGAGGGAAAACCAGCUGUAAGUACUACUCGAAUAUAAGUUGUUACUCAUUUCAUGAUGUUAGGUUGGCAAAAGCUGGAGAGUACGGCCUUGUCUUCACUAUGAGGCGUCUGUAAAGUAGGAGUGGAUAUAGACAAGGAACUGGAAAUGGAAAAUGAUAAACCUGGAGCCCCAGAAGAGCCAGAAGUGAGGCCAGACAAACAAGAAGGAACAAAUGAAGGUGAUGCUAAUGAAAGUCCGUUGUUACAGGUUCUGUCCAGCCAUAUGACUCUCCUGGUCCCAGAGUUCUUGGACUCAGCACACACUCAGGAGAAGGCCUUUGUCCAUGAGGCCGGCAACAUACAACACAAGCCUGCAGAGGAGUUCGAAGUCCCACAGCCCCCAGACACGUUCCUGCCAGAGCAGAGUGGUGACAUCUCCAAUUCCUCAGCAAAAACCAUGCAGCCCAAGGAAAGUGACACCCUCAGUUCUUCAGCAAAAAGCAUUACACCCAAGCAGGCUGACACCCCCAAUACCUCAGCAAAAACCAUGCAGGCUGACACCCCCAAUUCCCAAGCAAAAACCAUCCUGCCCAAGCAGGCUGACACUCCCAAUUCCCCAGCAAAAACCACGCAGGCUGACACUCCCAAUUCCCCAGCAAGAACCAUGCAGGCUGACACCCCCAAUUCCCAAGCAAAACCCAUCCCACCCAAGCAGGCUGACACUCCCAAUUCCCCAGCAAAAACGAUGCAGGCUGACACCCCCAAUUCCCGAGCAAAAACCAUCUCACCCAAGCAGGCUGACAUCCCCAACUCCCCAGGAAAAACCGUCCCACCCAAGCAGGGUAACACCCCCAAUUCACCAGCAAAAACCAUCCCAUUAAAGCAGGGUAACAUCCCCAAUUCGCCAGCAAAAUCCAUUCUGAGAAAGCAGAGCAACAUCCCCAAGUUCUCAGCAAAAACCAUCCUGCCCAAGCAGGGCAACACUCCCGAGUCCUCAGAAGGAACCAUCCAGCCCAAGGAGGGCGACACCCCCAAGUCCUCAGAAGGAACCAUCCGGCCCAAGGAGGGCAACACCCCCAAGUCCUCAGAAGGAACCAUCCGGCCCAAGGAGGGUGACACCCCCAAGUCCUCAGAAGGAACCAUCCAGCCCAAGGAGGGCGACACCUCCAAGUCCUCAGAAGGAACCACUCAGCUGGUAGAAGGGGACAUCCCGAAGCCGGCAGAAACAACAGUGGAGCUCCUGGAGGCUGACAUGGUGAAAGUGAUCCUGAGCAAGGAGGACUUCAAGCUGGCGCUCCAGGAGGCUGGGGAGAGGCUGGUGGCCGUGGACUUCUCUGCCAUGUGGUGUGGACCUUGCAGGACCAUCAAGCCUCUUUUCCGUUCCCUGUCUGUGAAACACGACGAUGUGGUGUUCCUGGAAGUGGAUGCAGAUGACUGCGAGGAGCUGGUGAAAGACCUCGAGAUCUCUUGCAUCCCAACCUUUCAGUUUUACAAAAAAGAAGAAAAGGUGGGGGAAUUUUGUGGCGCCCUUAAGGAAAAACUCGAAACAGUCAUUGCAGAAUUAAAAUAAUCAUGUAUUCUGCAA